AACGGAGCGUGAAUUCAGAGUUUUGUUUGAAGAGCUAGAAGCUGAAAGAGGAAGUUGUUUCUCCACAUCAUGUUGAGCUUUAGUUGCCGCUGAUUGGUCAGUAAGGAGGGAGAAACCGGAUGUAGUAAUAUUAGCUCGUAGCUAAGCCCUGCUAUAUAUAAAAAAACGUUGUAAAGUUUAUGUUAAACAAGUGUAAAAUUGAUUAUUCAGACUCUGCUCGAUAGUCUUCGUGAAGAGACCGUCUCCAAAUGCUUGUUUGAGUCGCUCUGAGUAUUUCUACUCGGAGUUUGCAGCACAGGAUGUAAUUAGCAGUUACUAGGUACCUGAAUGAACCGUUAGCUUCCGCGGAUCUAAAGCAGCUAACAGCGGAGACUUAAUUAGUCGGCAGUCGAGCUUUUUCAGUUUAUAGUUUAGUAUUUAAGAAUGUCAACACUCUGAGUUUAUGACACCGUGCGGAGAAGACCACAUCAUUUGUGGACACCUCGUCUAACCUUGUUAAUCUGAGGACCGAGAGACUGGAGACAGUUACCGAGUGGACCCAGAACCACUGACCAAGGUAUCGGACUCUCUCCUCUGCAGCACCGCCUCAGCUCUGCUACAGUUUUCAUUUUAUGAUGAUACAUUUUGUUUGAUCACAUACUUGUCUCCGAUUCCAGUUUCGGUAGAAAAAAAAACAACUAAACAUGCUCGCUCUAUGACUGAAACCCUGCUCUAAUAGAACAUGUGAAGAUUGUAAACAAGGAUUGUGAAAAGAAGAAUCUCAAGUGGAGCGAGGAUGUCCGAGAUAAUAAAGGUUGAAGCUACGGAACCUGGAGGGUUCAGCUUGGAGCCCUCCAUUUCUGCAGAAUCCACAUCAGAACUGGAGGAGGAAACACAGGACAGCAAAGAUAUCAUCCAGCAGAUUGUUGUGAUUAAAGAAGAGGUUCCCCAUGACUGGAGCCCCAGUUUGGACCAAGAGGACACAGAGACACCAGAUAUGAAGGAGGAAGUGAACGAAUUGCGGACCAAUGAGGAUGGAGAGCUGCAGAGUGAAAAUAAAGAGGAAUCCCAAUUAUUAGAGGCUUCAGGCAGCAGCUCAGCUAAGACAAAAACGGAACGAAAUGGAGAGGACCAUAGAGAACCAGAACUUGACAACAACCCAGAUCCAACAGGUUCCACUCAACAAAGUAUGAUGUUGGUUCCCAAAAGAGGUAAAGUAUCUAAACUGAAUUCAACACUUAUGGCUCAGAUUGGAAUCCAUGCAGGAGAGAAGCCGUUCAGUUGCAAAAUUUGUGGCAAAAGAUUAAAACAUUUGACUUCAAUUAAAUUACACCUAAUGACACACAAUGGCAACAUAGAACAUAUCUGUGAUUUUUGUGGGAAAGGGUUUAAAGAAAAGAGUUCUCUUCGGACACAUAUAAGACUCCACACAGGAGAGAAACCCUUUGCAUGUGAUAAUUGUGGUCGAAGGUUUCACGAAAAAGCAAAACUUAAAACACACCUCAAAGUUCACUCAGUAGAACAGCCGUUUUCUUGUGAUGUGUGUGGCACCAGAUUCAAACGAAAGGAAAAUAUAAAAAAGCACAUGAGGAUUCACACGGCGGAGAAACCUUUUGUGUGUAGUGUUUGUAGGAAAAGAUUUUCGCGACAAGAAACUCUAAAGAGACACAUGCAUGUUCACACAGGAGAGAAACGGUUCAUGUGUAAUGUUUGCAGUAAAGGAUUUGCUCUGAAACAUCACCUCAAGAACCACAUGGAGGUUCACACUGCUCCGUUUAGCUGCGGGGACUGUAGUAAGUGUUUUGUAAAUGAAAUCCAGUUGGAGCGACAUGUGAGAGUCCACUCAGAGGAGAGGCCGUUUGGGUGCGACAUCUGUAAAACCAGAUUCUAUCAAAAGUGUCAGCUUGAAAAUCACAUGAGAGUCCAUUCAGGGGAGAAACCGUUUGUGUGUACUGUUUGCAGUAAAGCAUUUUCCCGACUUGGAAAUCUGAAGAAACACAUGGAGGUACACAGGGGCUACAAGGAAUGAUUAAUUUGAUCGUAAUCUAAACUGUCAGUGUUUUUCCAAUCAGUCUUCGGCCUCUGCUUUCUGGGGCUGCUGGUAAGUGCUAAAUUACAUUAUUUCACAUUUUUGAUGUCAAAUUGCCCAUUCAAAGCUUAAUGACUUGAGUUCCUGCUUUAAUUAGGUCAAUUCAACCCCCUUUUUUCUUAGCUAUUCAGAGUUGGAUUUGCUGUUCUUUUUUUCUCUGGAUCAUUGCUCAUGUCCAUAACUCAAAACGUGUUUGAAUUUAAGGUCAUGAUUUGAAAGCCAGUCGUUGUCCUUUAGGGUUUCUGGUAAAGAGCAGAUUUCAUGGCUCCAUUAGUAAUGCCAAGUCUUCCAGGCAAAGAAGGCCAUCUUCAUCACACUGCCGCCACCAUGUUUAACUGUCAUUAUGAUUAUUCUUUUCCUGAACAUACCUGGAAAAUACCUUGCUGGACAUCCUGCUACACAAUCAUCAGAUGUAUGUUGAUAAAGCCAUCUUUGAAUGUGUGCAGUUGUUCCCUCCCUCCAUGUGUAUAUAUAUAUAUUUUUUUAAAGUUGGACAUUUAAUUGCUUACGCUAAUGAAACAUUUGUGUGAUGCUGAAGUAAACGUAUCACACAGCGAAUGGAGUUCCAGUUACAGGUCCGCUUUAGGUUUGUGUGUGUCAGGGUUCAUCUUCCACUGAAGCAGAAGACUUUCUCAGCAUUCCUUCUGUAAAUAAGUUAACAGACAGUAUUAGGAGCUGUAGGAUUUCAGCUUUACAAUAAACAAAUGUUUUGAAUUCUGAAAACAAACUCAAACAUUUUAACAUUUGUUUUGCAUGCAAUUAGUACAGACAAAAUAAUGUUUCCUGGAAGUUUACGUACACUUGAAAAGCUCAAAGAGGCAUUUGACAUCAGGAAAUGGAUUAGUGCUUUUCGUAAGCAUGGUGACGGGCCAUUUAUGUUGAAUUGACUGAGAUGAAUUUACAAAGUUUUUAUUUUCUAAUGGAUUGUAAAUAAUGUAAAUAACAGCAUUUUACUUGUCAUCCCUAACAGUGUUUCCCCAACUCAUUUUCACUUAAACUUUAUUUUUCAGAUACUGGCAGAAGUUUUGAUCGAGUUUUAUUCAGUCAGCCAAAAAAUUAGUCAGUCUCAGCAGAAGUAGUCUGAAUUGUCAGUUUCCAUACUUGCAAAACUGCCUCUAGGAUUUUAAUUUGAAAAUGUACCUGGAGUUUGUUAUUGGAACUGUGAGUACUCCCUCUUUGGAUGCGUAAAGCAUCUUAUUGUUUGUAAAUUGGGUAGAUUAGAAAUUAAAAUGUAUUGGUUGUAAGUAAAAUGUGCCUAAUUUCUUUUAUUAAUGUGAUCAUUCAAAUUGUCUCUUCUCACUACAACUUCACUAAUGUAUGAAGCUUGUUCAUGUCUGGUUUACUCAUAUCCAAAUUGAUCAGGCUUUCAAGUUUUGAUUUUUAGUCAUUUUUAUUGUUUUAAGUUAAGGCUGCAAGUGUUUUAGUGCCAUUUAUUUCAGUUUAAAAAAAAAUCUUUUUGGUCACAUUUUUCACUAUUAUUUUGGUCUCUUUCUCUUAAAUUUAUUUUGAUAUGUAAAAAAAGAUUGUUAGAAAUUAGCACAUUUAAAAAAUGUUCUGCCCAAUCAGAGAAUGUUGUGUUUUCCGACAGAUUGGAUAUGUGGAGCCCUCAUUAGAAUGCUGUAUGAAACAUGAUUCCACAUAGCUGAAGUAUAGUUACCUCAAAGUAAUGGUGGUUCACCAAAUACUGUUUUUUUUUUUUUUUUUUUUUUACAUGUUAUACUAAACGAUGUAUACAGAAUACUGUUGUGAAAUAUCUAAUAAACAUUUUUCAAAGCU